AUGAAGGGCAAUUUGAAAACUGCAGCUGACAUGAAGGACAAAAUCGUAGACGAAAUCAAACUCUUUCGGAAAGAGCUAAAUACUUACCUGGACCGGGCUGAAGCAGAACUUUUAAGCGAGGUUGAAAAACUACAUGCCAAAGGUGUCUUUGUACAAAAAGAAGGGUUGAAAGAAUGUGACUCAAUGGAAACUGUAAUGAAACAAUUCCAACAGACGAUAGACCAACAUGAAGAUAGGGCAAACCAGCUCUUCGUGACAGUCAAACUUGCAAAGAAAAGACUGAUAACGUUCCAAGAAUCAGUCAAACGUAUAUCGUCUGAGAAAAUCAUAAGCCGGUGUACAUUUAAACCAUCUAAAGACAUACAGGCUCUAAAAGUAUCCCAGUCUCCUAUCGGAGCCAUCUCAGUAGUAACCAAAGUAUACGCUGUCCCAAAAAAGAAUACAAUAGUAGAUAUGAAGGCACAAUUUGUGCAGGAAUUGAAUGUUCGAGCUAAAAAUGAGAGUGUAUGUCGGAUAACUGGCAUGACUAUGAUUUCAGGUGAUGAAAUUCUUCUUGCAGAUUACAGCGGCAAGUCACUGAAAGUCAUUAACGUAAGUGAAAACAGGAUCACUUCAAGGUACAGCUGCUCUCAUGAACCAUGGGAUGUUACCACGAUCAACAUAGAUAAAAGUGCAGCCACUCUACCAGAGGUUGGGAAGAUCCUAUUUAUGAAUACAAGAGGUCUGUCUGAGAGUCACACUAUUGAUGUAAAGCAAUUCUGUAGAGGAAUUGAUCAUCAUAAUGGUAAAAUCGCAGUGUCAUUUACAUGUUAUCCUGCGGCUGUAGAGAUUUUGAAUAUGAAAGGGGAAAUUCUACAUCAUUCAGAGUAUCCAAGGAGCGCGAAUUGUUUCCCACAUUAUUUAGGUUAUAGCAAUGAUGGUAAAAGCAUUUUUGUGUCAGAUUAUAUUUAA